UGGCGAGUCGUGGAGCGCGCUCUCGCCGAGCCGCAGUUCGCUAGCUGACAUCCACAGAGGGCUGGCCGGUCACGUGGCCCAGAACAUUGCGCUCUGUGGGUAUCGCGAUACCUCCUUCCUGGGGGGGGGUGCCUGCCUUUGUGGGUUUAACCCAGCGUGACCCGAACGCGGCGAUAUAUAAACCAUUGGCGGAGCGCUGCCCCGGCUGCAGAGCGCUGGGGACAGUCACCCGGGGACAUGCUGGCUCGCAGGAGACGGAGAGACUCGGCCGGGCUGGAGGAGGUAGUAAACUGUCAGAACAGCAAUGUCCGGACUGCGGAGAGCCCCGGCGCGGAGGACGAGGAGCUGGAGAUCUGUGUGUGCACCGAGAGGCGGCAGAAGAAGAGCCCCGAGGAGGAGGAGGCUCUGGAAAGAGAGCACUUCUGGAAGAUUAUCAACACGUUCUCCUGCUAUGGAUCCCACAGUCAUGAAAGGGUGAAUCGCACAGAAUCACAGUUUAAGUCCUUGCCAAAGAAUCAACAGAAAAUGCUCCCUAACUUCCUUUUUAACCUGGACAGCAUCCGUAAAUGCAUUGAUCACAAUCAAGAAAUUUUGAAGAUGAUUGUUGAUGAUUGCACGAACAUGUUUGAAAACAAAGAAUAUGGAAUCAAUGGUUAUAGGAAAGCCACUCCUGCAUCAACCUUUGACAUGGACAAACUGAAAUCCACCAUAAAGCAAUUUGUGAGAGAUUGGAGUGAAGAUGGCAAGUUGGAGAGAGAUGCUUGCUAUCAGCCGAUCAUCAGUGAGAUUCUUAAAUAUUAUCCGAUGGAUAGAUGUGAUGCCUCCAAUAUCAAAAUCCUGGUCCCUGGUGCAGGACUUGGUAGGUUAGCAUGGGAAAUUGCUAAUCAUGGGUAUUCUUGUCAAGGAAAUGAAUGGAGUUUCUUCAUGCUCUUCUCUUCCAAUUUUGUACUCAAUAGAUGUUCUGAAAUUAAUGCUUUUAAGCUUUAUCCUUGGAUCCAUCAGUUUAGUAACAACCGCAAAUCGAUAGAUCAGAUAAGGCCAACUUAUUUCCCUGAUGUCAAUCCUCAAAGCCUUCCAGAAAAUUCAAAUUUCUCUAUGACUGCUGGAGACUUUCAGGAAAUCUACACGGAGAGUGGUUCUUGGGAUUGCAUAGCCACAUGUUUCUUUAUUGACACUGCACACAAUGUCCUUGACUAUAUUGAGACCAUCUGGAAAAUACUUAAACCAGGAGGGUUGUGGCUAAACCUAGGACCACUUCUUUAUCAUUUUGAAAACUUGGCCAAUGAAAUUUCUAUAGAAUUAAGUUAUGAAGAUAUCAAAAAUGUUGUUCUACAGUAUGGAUUUCAAAUAGAGGUAGAAAGAGAAUCUGUGACCUCGACUUACACUGUAAAUAGUUUGUCGAUGAUGAAGUACUAUUAUGAUUGCAUUUUUUUUGUGGCCCGUAAGCCCGAGUAGUAAUUUGGCUAAAGUGGACUGAUCAUGCACUGUAAAAAGAAACAAAAUCACGUGAAGCAACAGAAAAUGUCUUCAAUGAAUACACAUGGACUUAAAUCAACAGUGCCUUUUUAUCGGAGUGUCAUGAAACUUACUACUUUGUAAUGUAGAUGCUUACAUCAUUCAUGCUACAAGAUACUGUUGAUUUGCAUACAUAUUUCUUCCCAAGUAUGAUUACUAGACCAGUGUCAUGCCU